AGAACUUCUUCCUUGUAACAAACAAUAGUGAAGCAGCAGUACACAAGACUUAAAAUGUCCAUAUCGUCUCUCAUCACCUUCCUGAAAAGCAAGGAGUCCAUUAUAUUCAAUGGAGCAGUGGCACUAUUAACUGUUGGAGGUCAACAACUAUUUUCUUUUUUUGCUUUCAGCUGUCCGUGCCAUCACACUCACAACCUGAACUAUGGUUUAGCUUUCCUGGGAGUGCCUGCUUUAAUCCUGUUGAUUGUGGGUUUUGUGUUCAAUGACAACACAUGGAGGCUGUUCACUAACUCUGCAAGCCGCUUCUACAUCCAUGACUACAGCAGACAGAGCACCUUGAUUAGGUAUAAGCUCAUCUGCUAUGUGCUCCUCAGUAUCAUUGGGAGGGCACUGGUCGCCCCUGUCACCUGGCUGGCGGUGACUCUGCUGAACGGGUCCUACUAUGUGUGUGCACUCAGUGAGUAUGUGAGUGUGGAGCAGUAUGACUUCUUUAGGAAUAUGAGUAUCGAGGUUCGGAGAAACACACUUGCCCAGUUACCAUGUCAACAGCUAGUUCCAGCCAAUUUGUCCAGAAUUAGAGAGGAGAUUCUCCUGGAGCUGAAAUACCAAUCUCAGGUAGGUCUGAAACCGCAAUACCAAUGUAGACAAACUAACUUUAAUGAUAAAUUGUGUCUACAGGCAGGGGUGGCCUUUUGCUGACAUUUAAAAACAACCUCACUACUACCCAGUACCCACACUGUCACUCACACAUUUGGCAACACCCUGCUCUUAGAGGAUACUGUGCUGUCACGCAAACUGCAGAAUGUGUUAUAUACUGCUACUUUGUUGCAAUAUUAGUACAUUGCAUUAGAAAAUACAAUGCGAAAUGUGGAGCAAACUACUAAGAUUGCCAGUGUCAGCAUGCACCAGAACAAACACCAAUGUAAACAACAUGCACAAGGAGAUUUAUUUACUAAUUGAUGAAUUGUAGUUUAGUUUGACGUUCAAACUAGACUACUACACCACGUGAUAAGUUGUAAUUUAAUGAAUAAACUCCCAUGUGCAUGUUACUCCAAUAUUUUACUUGCUUGCAAAUGCUUUUAAUUUGAUGCAUGACAUUUUUGUAAAAUCAUGCAGUCUCUGCCUACCUAUGUAAUUGCAUAUAAUGUACUUAUCUUGUACCUACCUACUUGUUCCUACCUAUUGUGCCUAAUAGUUCUUUCUGAAAAUGACUGUUGACCUGCACAAAAGAUUAUACAUUAAAUAAUAUGAAUACUUACCUAUACAUCUGAUCUUAUCUUCUCUCAGUAUACUGAGUGUAUUUCCUUAGUGUAGGACCUAGACUCUAACUAUAAACUAACUGGAACAGACAGUGCCUUUAGCCAGCCAGUCACAUGGAUCACAUAGGCUAGGCAUUGACAGCCUAGCCUAUAAAUUUGCCAUAGACUAACACUAAAGAGGUGCCAGAAUAAGAUGAGUAUGUAUGAUGUAUCUGGAGGUAUUUGCAAGUGAUCUUAUGGCAAAAUAAGAUAGGGCUUGUGACAUUUACAAUACAUCAGUUGCCACACAUGGCAGUGGAGUCGUGGGAAAUAGAGUCUGUAUCUCCUAGACAUGCACAGAUCUCUGCAUGCUCUGUAAACAUGUACUAAUUGUGAUUGUAACAAUAUAUGAUGUAUUCCAUCAAUUAUUACCUUGAAACUGACCACACCCACUGUCACAAAGCUCCGCCCACUAUGACCAACCCACAUUAUUAAUCCCCGCCUACUUAUAGUUCAGAUUACAGGGUCUACUCAAUAAAGAGAGAAUUACAGUGAAUUGAGAUGGUAAUUUUAAAUUUAAAGGACCACUCUAGGCACCCAGACCACUUCAGCUUAAUGAGGUGGUCUGGGUGCCAGGUCAAGCUAGGGUUAACCCAUUUUUUUUAUAAACAUAGCAGUUUCAGAGAAACUGCUAUGUUUAUGAAUGGGUUAAGCCUUCCCCCAAAUCCUCUAGCGGCUGUCUCAUUGAUAGCCGCUAGAGGCGCUUGCGUGAUUCUCACUGUGAAAAUCACAGUGAGCGCACACAAGCGUCCAUAGGAAAGCAUUGAUAAUGCUUUCCUAUGCGACCGGCUGAAUGCGCGCGCAGCUCUUGCCGCGCGUGCGCAUUCAGCCGACGGGGAGGAACAGAGGAGGAUCGGAGGAGGAGAGCUCCCCGCCCAAUGCUGGAAAAAGGUAAGUUUUACCCCUUUUCCCCUUUCCAGAGCCGGGCGGGAGGGGGACCCUGAGGGUGGGGGAACAAUCAGGGCACUAUAGUGCCAGGAAAACGAGUAUGUUUUCCUGGCACUAUAGUGGUCCUUUAACCCCUUAAGGACCAAACUUCUGGAAUAAAAGGGAAUCAUGACAUGUCACACAUGUCAUGUGUCCUUAAGGGGUUAAAGGACCACUAUAGGCACCCAGACCACUUCAGCUUAAUGAAGUGGUCUGGGUGUCAGGUCCAUCUAGGAUUAACCCUUUUUUUUUUUUUAUAAACAUAGCAGUUUCAGGGAAACUGCUAUGUUUAUAAUAUGGUUAAUCCAGCGUCUAGUGGCUGUCUCUUGAAAAUCACAGUGAGAAGAUGCCAGCGUCCAUAGGAAAGCAUUGUAAAUGAUGGUAAUUUUAAACUUAAGGCCAAAAGUAGCCAAGUUGAAAAAAUUCUCCUGUUCAUGUGCACUAUUUCGACCUAAAGUUUAAAAUUCCCAUCACAAUUCCCUGCAAUUCUCUCUUUAUUGAGUAGACCUUUAAAGAAACAUAGAAACAUAGAUACAUAGAAUGUGACGGCAGAUAAGAACCAUUCGGCCCAUCUAGUUUGCCCAAUUUUCUAAAUACUUUCAUUAGUCCUUGGCCUUAUCUUAUAGUUAGGAUAGCCUUAUGCUUAAACUCCUUUACUAUGCAAUUCAGCUGGAAGGCUAUUCCAUGCAUCCACUACCCUCUCCGUAAAGUAAUACUUCCUGAUAUUAUUUUUAAACCUUUGCCCCUCUUUUUUAAGAUUAUGUCCUCUUGUUGUGGUAGUUUUUCCUUCUUUUAAAUAUGGUCUUCUCCUUUACUGUGUUGAUUCCCUUUAUGUAUUUAAAUGUUUCUAUCAUAUCCCCCCUGUGGAAAACCUAGCCACUUACAGAGUAUUAUGUAUAUAUAUGCCUGAUGUUUGUUUCCAUUGUGUCUCUAUUCGUGAGAAACGUAACCCCUGUUAAAUGUAUCUGUAUGCAAAGAUUAUCACCUAAUGGUCGUAUGCAUUCGUGUGUUACAGCACACGAAUACCGCUAACACGCUGUUGCAGGUUUCACGAACAGUGGAUUCGUACCCUGUUUGUGAAACAAACAAAAGACCGAAUGGGAGACCACCCCAGAAGGUUGUGUGCCUCUCGUUAGUAAAGCCGAAACAUUGUAUACAUCUGUUAAUGAGCGUUCUGUGUGUGGCCACCAUUCGUGUACCGAACACGUGGCGGCAGCCAUCUUUGCUUUGUUAGAGUUCAGCGGUGUUUGGUCGUCGAGUGCCUGGAACCGAAAUUGGGUACUUGAUUUUCAAACACCGCUGGACUUCCAUAGCGGUAGGGAAACUCUCUCCUUCGGAAAAAUAAACCCAUUCGUGAGUUUUCUCUGCUAAAACCCAGUUUGUGUCAAGGUCUAUUGCGAGCCGCGUUUGGUUGUUUCUGCAGGGAUCAGAGCGGUACCCUUAUUGCUGAGCUCGUGGAAGGAGACAGAGCAGCAGCUGCUGCAGCACCUCCAAGGGAGAAGGAACAAACUGAAUUUCAGAAAGAAUUCAGGAGUAGGUUGGCCCUGUACCCAACUACACCAACCCCAGAGAUUUUCGAAAGGAUCAUGGCAAAUGUACAAGAAUACCUCAAGCCAGAGAGGAGUCGCCGGCUUCACCCAGCAUGAUACAGGAAAAACCAAAAAUUCCCUUCCAAGCUUUUAAAAAUGUUACAGACACAGAGGGGGAUAUUGACGGAUAUUUGCAGGACUUUGAAAGACUGUGCCAGCUGCAUGAUAUCAGGCCCCAAGAUCAGGUACCCCUGCUAGCUGGUAAAUUAUCUGGCCGCGCAGCGGAAGCCUACCGGGCCGUGCCUGAUGAGGACAGCAGAGAUUACCAGAAGGUAAAACAAGCCAUCCUAGUCCAGUAUGCCAUUACCCCUGAGGCAUACCGACUCCAAUUCCAGGACCUGAAAAAACAGGAAAAGCACUACCACGCUGAGUUUGCGCACUGCUUACAAUAAGCAGUCACCGGGUGGAUUGAGAUGGCACAAGAAACUACACGGAAAGAGAUCAUGCAACUACUGCACAGAGAUGCAGAACUGGGUAAGGGACCGUAAACCAUGUACCUUACAAGACGCAGCUAAAUUAGCAGAUGAACACCAAUACACUAGACGAGAGCACCGCCCAAGGUAUUUCCCCAGCCAAUCACCCACCGACCUGCCUUGGCCGAUCCAGCUCACCCAUGAUCGGGGGAGCCAACAACCAAUACCAACCUAGGUACCCCACCCGGGCACAUAUCCGAUGCCACACCUGCAACCAGCUAGGGCAUGUACAAAGAGAAUGCCCUUGAAACAGGGCAAGACCAGCAUGGCCCAACCAAGGCCAACCGCCUGGCCCUAGAGCUACAGUACACUGCUACCAGCCCUCCACAGCCACCCAGGUGGAGGAACCUCUAGGCACUCUCCACGAAGUUAACCCCGUUCAAGCGGCAUCCGACAACUGCCAAAGCCAUCGACAAGUUGUCCACGUAGAAGGGAAACGUAUGGAAGGACAGAGAUUCCGGGGCCACCAUCACCUUGGUCCGAAAUCACCUUGUGCCAAAAGACCAACUUACGCAGGGGGAGCAAUCUACAAGGUUCCCACUGUCAAGAUACAUUUGAAUUGGGGAGCGGAGUCAGGGAACGUGGAGGUGGGGAUGAUGCAAGACUUGCCAGCAGAUGUUAUUUUGGGAAAUGACUUGGGGGAGCUCACCUCCCCUUUUGUUCCUCGAACCACCAGGCAGCAGGCUCACACCAAGGCACAAUCCAGUGACUCUGAGGUUCAGGUAAGUGAUGAAACCCAUAAUCACACUGCCCUUCCCUGGGAUGCCCCUCAAGAAUUUGGUAGCGAGGUCGCUCUAGAUCCUUCCCUGCAGGUUUACAAAGACCGAAUAGACAAGAACCAGGCAAGCUUAGAAGGAGAAAGAUAUGCUUGGGCUAAAGGGUUAUUAUACCGGUAUGCAGAGAAGGUAGGAGCCGGGUCUAUCCCCAUCCCCAUAAAACAGUUAUUUGUGCCUCGAAAGUACAGACAGGAGUUACUGCGUAUAGCACACGACCUUUGUCGGGUCAUAUAGGGAUCAGCCGAACUAAACAGUGGCUGACCCAGAACUUCUUCUGGCCGUGUAUCUCCAAGGAUAUUAGACAAUACUGUAAUACCUGUGAUACCUGCCAGAGAGUAGGGAAAAGGGGAGACCGCUAUAAAGCCAAACUCUAUUCCUUACCCAUAAUAGAAGAACGAGUUUUAGUCGAGUAGCCUAAUCGAACCGCUGAAAAUGCCUAGUCCCUCCGACAAGAAGUACAUAUUGACCGUAGUGGACUACGCCAACAGAUACCCCGAAGCAGUGGCCCUAACGAAUGUACAUGCCGAGACCAUAGCGGAUGCCCUUAUGUAAAUAUUCUCCCGCAUGGGAUUUCCACAGGAGAUUAUUUCGGAUAGGGGUACCCAAUUCACGGCAGAGGUCACCCACCAGCUCUGGAAAGUAUGUGGGGUAAAAUCUAUCCUUAACUCACCCUACUACCCCCAGUCCAAUGGUCUCUGUGAACGAUUCAACGGAACACUUAAACAGAUGAUCCGAAUGUUCAUAGACACGCAGAAAGACUGGGAGCGGUUUUUACCCCACUUGCUGUUCGCCUAUAGGAAAGUGCCACAAGAAUCCAUGGGGUUCUCGUCCUUUGAGGAGAGUGAGGGGACCCCUAGAUUUAAUCAGUGAGCACUGGGUGGGGGGGUUACCACUAAUGGUACCCCUAUUGUACCAUAUGUACUGGAGUUCCGGGAGCGCUUGGAGGCUUUAACCCAGAGGGUACGUAACAACCUCCAGGCAGUCCAACAACGACAGCGCAGAUGGUAUGAUAGGGGGCCAGGGACCGCAUUUUUCAGGUCGGGCAGAAGGUGUUAAUCCUACGACCCGUCCCUAGUGACAAGCUACAGGCCUCCUGGCAGGGCCCAUUCAAGGUGGUAGAGCAAAUAUGCGAUACCACCUAUAUAAUUGGCCCGAUCGCUGGCGCAGGAGGCAGACGCAUGCUCCAUGUGAACAUGCUGAAACCCUACCACGAGCAAACAGAAAUGGUAACCGCGAUCUGUGCCUCUGCCGCUGAGGAUGUUGAUAACCUGCCGCUACCAGACCUCCUGGCGGGAGAAGGCCAAAAUGAGGAUCUGGAGGCCGUACAGCUAGGGGAACGUUUGAAUCCUCAGGAGAGAACCCAGGCCCAAAGUUUAAUUAGGGAAAGGGAGCCACCUUUUCUAAUCUCCCAGGGUAUAUUCCACCAGCCACCCACCGGGUAGAAAUCCCAGGACAAACACCCCUCCGCCAACCUCCUUACCGCAUCCCGAGUCUGUAAAAGAGAAUAUGCGUAAGGAGAUUGAGGAAAUGUUACAAUUAGGGGUUAUCGUACAUUUGGAUAGCCCAUGGACUUCCCCAGUGGUACUAGUGCCGAAGCGGGAUGGAACUACCCGCUUCUGCGUAGAUUAUCUAAGGCUCAAUGAUAAAACAGUACCUAAUGCCUACCCUAUGCCCCGGAUAGACGAGAUCUUAGAUAAGAUGGCCAGGGGCCAGUUCCCUUUACCACGAUAGAUCUUUGUAAAGGGUACUGGCAAAUUAAUUUAGCCCAGGACGCCAUCCCUAAGUCGGCUUUGUCACCCCGUUUGGCCUGUACCAGUUUAAGGUCAUGCCAUUCGGGAUGAAAAACGCUCCAGCCACCUUCCAAAGGAUGUUGGACCGGCUAUUAGAUGGGUUUCAGGAAUACGCGUGCGCAUAUCUAGAUGACAUAGCGAUCUUUAGGUAUUCCUAGACCGACCACCUGAGCCAUGUAGGAGCCGUACUAGAUCGCAUUAGAGAGGCAGGGCUAACCCUUAAAGCCAGUAAGUGCCAUAUAGGGAUGGCCAAAGUUCAGUAUUUAGGACACCGGGUAGGAAGCGGCCAGCAAAAGCCAGAACCUGCCAAAACAGAGGCUGUAGCCAAAUGGCCAACACCCCGUACCAAAACCCAGGUACUAGCGUUCUUAGGUACCGCAGGGUACUAUCGUAAAUUUGUGCCCAAUUACAGCACCCUGGCGAAACCCCUCACUGAUUUAACCCGCAAAAACCUCCCUAAGUUAGUAGUAUGGGCCCCAGAGUGUGAACGGGCAUUCCAACAACUAAAAACUGCUCUUGUUAACGCACCUGUACUUGCUGCUCCUGAUCCAACUAAACGCUUUUUCGUCCAUACAGACGCUUCUAUGUUUGGAUUGGGAGCAGUACUGAGCCAAGUCAGAGCAGAUGGUGGCGAGCAUCCCGUAGCUUACUUAAGCAGAAAACUUUUGCCCCGAGAAGUAAGCUACGCCAUCGAAAAGGAAUGCCUUGCCGUUGUGUGGGCCCUCAAGAAGCUGCAACCAUAUUUGUAUGGACAACCAUUCUCGCUACUCACAGAUCACAACCCGUUGGUAUUGCUGAACCGGGUAUCAGGAGACAAUGCCAGGCUGCUGCGCUGGAGUUUGGCGCUGCAGACUUUUGACUUUACCAUCCACUACCGCCCGGGAAAGCUAAAUGGCAACGCCGACGGGUUUAUCUAAACAAAUUGAACUUGAAAAGUGAUCUGUGGGUACUCCUCCGGACAUCCCCAAGCCAAUCCGUUGGGAUAAGACUGUGUAUGCCGGCUUGGUUCUGGGGGAGCAUUGUGGCAAACCUAGCCACUUACAGAGUAUUAUGUAUAUAUAUAUAUAUGCCUGAUGUUUGUUUCCAUUGUGUCUCUAUUCGUGAGAAACGUAACCCCUGUUAAAUGUAUCUGUAUGCAAAGAUUAUCACCUAAUGGUCAUAUGCAUUCAUGUGUUACAGAACACGAAUACCGCUAACACGCUGUUACAAGUUUCACAAACAGUGGAUUCGAACCCUGUUUGUGAAACAAACAAAAUACCGAAUGGGAGACCACCCCUGAAGGUCGUGUGCCGCUCGUUAGUAAAGCCGAAACAUUGUAUCCAUCUGUUAAUGAGCGUUCUGUGUAUGGCCACCGUUCGUGUAUAGAACGCGUGGCGGCAGCCAUCUUUGCUUUGUUAGAGUUCAGCAGUGUUUGGUCGUCGAGUGCCUGGAACCGAAAUCAGCUACUUGAUUUCCAAACACCGCUGGACUUCCAUAGCGGUCGGGAAACUCUCUCCUUCGGGAAAAUAAACCCAUUUGUGAGUUUUCUCUGCUAAAACCCAGUUCGUGUGAAGGUCUAUUGCGAGCUGCGUUCGGUUGUUUCUGCAGGGAUCAGAGCGGUACUUCGGUAUAUUGUACCGAUCGAUCCCUGCAAUCUAAUGUGGGGUCAUUCAGUAAAAUAUGUGGUGAAUUGCCAAAGUUAGUGAAUUUAAUGUAAAAUGUUACUUUUUCCUGUGCCUGUUAAUCAUGUAAUUAUAUCUCUGGUACAGCAGUGUAUGCUGGGUAAUCAGCCUGUAAGCUCAGUCCCCCAAGUAGUCCACUACUGGACAACCCCUGUAAUGUGACUUGGGAAACCCCUUACAUUUGUAACCACAUAAAUACUGUGACCUGUGAUUAAAACCUCAGUUGACCUCCAAGCUAUGUGUCGUCUAGUUUUUGGGAGAAAGGGAUUGUAACUACGCUACCUGGCUUCUGCCUACUUUGUACCUGCGUUAUUCUGUCUGUCAGUGGAGAUACCGUGGAUAAUACUACUACUCCGCUACACCCCCUGUCUCAUCUUUCCUCCAAGCUAUACAUGUUAUAAUACCAAGUUCCCACCAACAGUACCAUGCAUCCAUGGUAUGCGAUAGAUACAUGUGCAGCACAGCAUCUAUAUCAGGCAGGUGCAUUUUAUCACUUUUAUGUGAGUUUGGUAUCAGUGGUGACAAUGUCAGUGCUUCAGUCAGAGAGCUGUGUCUAACUCUAUACCAGGGGUAGUCAACCUUUUAAUACCUACCGCCCACUUUUUUAUUUUUGUUGAUGGUAAAAUUUCCUUACCGCCCACCCCAGUGGGUAAAAUUUCCUUACUGCCCCAGUAACUAAUUUUAUAGUGCAAGUGUAAUUUUAAACCAAUUUUUUUUAGAAAUUAGGGUUUUCUUUAAAAUAAAAUGUACUUAAAUUUAUCUAUUUUUUCCCCUUUUUUUUAAUUCUCCUUUUUUUUUUUAUAUGUGUGUCUGUGAGGUGCUGUGUGCGUGAAUGGUGCUGUGUGUGUGUGCUUAUGUGUGAAGGGUGUAGUGUGUGUGUGUUAGAGGGGCAGUGUGUGUGAAGGUGCCGUGUGCAGACUCAAGGAGGCUGACGGCUCAGCGGUGUUCACGCAAAUAAGUGUCCAUUUCCAGUUCCAUAGGUUGGGCGCUGAACACCGCAGGCCGUUCGGGACUUUAAAAUGCCACCGCCACGUGUUCGGCAAACGAACAAAGGCCAUCCAGCAUUCGUCACUUAAGCUGUGGUUAACCGCAGCUUCUGGGAGGUAAAUUGCUGACACACUCCCAAUACAGGUGGUCCAGUCAUUCGGUUGUUUGUUCGGUAGAUUGAAUCUACCGAACGCCAGGCAGAAAGGCACGAACAAGCCUUUUCUGCAGGGGAAAAGAAGGCUUUUUAACAUGGGGCCAUAGUCCAAGGGCAACAGGCAAGCAACCAGGCUUCUCCAAUGCUUCGUGGCGAGGUUUGUUUCGCCACAAGAACUAUACAGGGAGCACUGACUGUCCCAGGAUAUUAUACACAUAGACCUGUACUAUACAGAGAGCAGCACUUUACAGGGAGCACUGACUCUCCCGGGAUAUUUUGCACACAGACCUGUAUUAUACAGAGAGCAGCACUAUACAGGGAGCACUGACUGUCCCAGGAUAUUAUACACACAGACCUGUAUUAUACAGAGAGCAGCACUAUACAGAGAUCACUGACUGUGCCCGGAUAUUAUACACAGACCUGUAUUAUACAGAGAGCAGCACUAUACAGGGAGCCCUGACUGUCUCUGAAUAUUAUACACACAUACCUGUAUUAUACAGAGAGCACCACUAUACACUAUACAGGGAGCACUGACUGUCCCAGGAUAUUAUACACACAGACCUGUAUUAUAGAGAGAGCAGCACUACACAGGUGGCACUGACUGCUCCAGGAUAUUAUACACACAGACCUGUAUCAUACAGAGAGCAGCACUAUACAAGGAGCACUGAUAUUAUAGGAUAUUAUACACGCAGGUCUGUAUUAUACAGAUAGCUGAGCAUAAUAUCUUGUGUUUCAAUCUCUAGACCACUAGUACCUGUUAACAGCAGCUCCCAGCCGCGUGUUACAGGGUUGGACAAUGCAGGCUUAACUGUGUGGCAGCUCACGCAGGUGUUUUGGUGGUAAAGUGCACCAGCCCUAUAAGUCAUGUAUAGUAUUAAGUCAAAUAUAUAUAGUAAGCACACAAACUCACUGAUACACAGGCUCAAAGACAGACAAGUUCACUAACACUCAAAAUUAGGCUCACUGACAGACAUCUCUAACUCACACACAAGCUUACUACAGACAAACUCACUUGUAUAGACACACAAGGAUUACUAAAUACAAACUCACUGACAUAAACAAGCUCACUACAGACAACCUCACUGACACACUAGCUCGCUACAGACAAGUUCACUAACACACUAGCUCAGUACAUAAAAGUUCACUGACACAAACACAUACAAGCUCACUACAGACAAGCUCACUCACACACACAAGCAGUGCCAUCUUAACAGCGUUCUGGACCCCCUGGGCAAAGCAGUGCACUAGGGCCCUUCCUACACAACAACGUUAUCAAUUAUCAAUAAAAUUAAGCUUAUAUUUAUUGGUACCUCCAACAUAUGCAAUACAUACAUACAAUACUUACACACAGACUGCUGAAUACAGUCACAGACUGCUGAACACGUUCACACACAGACUGCUGAAUACACGCACACACUGACUGCUAAAUAUACAUACACAGACUGCUGAGUACACACACGCAGACUGCUGAGUACACACACACACACACACACACACACACAGACUGCUACACAUAUAGACUGCAGAGUACACACAGACAGCAGAGUACAUGCAGACAGACUGCUGAAUACACACACUCUGCAAAUAGGGGUGUUGUGUGUGUGUAAGGGUGUUGUGUAGGGGUGUUGUGUGUGUGUAAGGGUGUUGUGUAGGAGUGUUGUGUGUAAGGGUGUUGUGUGUGUGUAAGGGUGUUGUGUAGGAGUGUUGUGUGUGUGUGUGUGUAGGGGUGUUGUGUGUGUGAGGGGUGCAGUGUGUGAUGAGUGAUGUGUGUGUGUUUUGGGGGUGCAGUGUGUGAAGAAUGCUUUGUGUGUGACAGGUGCUGUGUGUGGGGGGGUGCAGUCUGUGACAAGGGCAGUUUGUGAUGGGUGCUAUGUGAGUGUGUGUGAGGGGGGGCUUUGUGUCAGGGGUGCUGUGUGUGUCAGGGGUGCUGUGUGUGUGUGUGUGUGAGAGAGGGGUGCAAGCAAACUGAGAAACACACACACUUUCUCACUAGCAGGUACACACACAUAGCUGAGUAUAUCAAGCCUACCUUGCACUGGAGACUGUUGCUGAGAGGUCAGGUAGCCAUUUUCUGGCCUCUUCCAACUGCAGCAAGGUCUCCUGCUUAAUAGCAGGGGCGGAGCUUCCAUUGUGGGGGCGGAGCCUGAAUCCACAAGGCAGAACAGGAGCCUGUGUGCAAGGGAAGCUGCUGGGAAAUCGGAAGGGAGACUGUCAGUUCUCCCUCCGGCCCCCAGCAUCUCUCUCUUUAGGUCCGAGGGAAAAUUAAAAAAAACGAAUGGCAAGAAAGUUGCCGGGACUGUCCCGGGAGGUUGAUUUACCCAGGACAGACUCCAGCUUGCCGGGACUGUCCCGGCAAAAACGGUACAGUUGGCAAGUAUGCAUUGCCUGCUUCAGGUGAGCAUGUACACAAACUCUACGAUCUAUGAGUUUUGUGAGGGAAAAAUAGGCCAUUCAUUUUCACUUGCACUUCAGGCCAAAUGGCUGAUUCUGUUUUGAGAAUAUGUGAAUGUAUCGUUGUCUUUUUUUUUUGUGUAUGUGUGUAUAUGUGAGUGAACAACUGUAUUUCUCUAAACAAAAACAACAUAUGUGAACACAACCCCAGUGAAAAAAUACAAUUUGAAGCAAACCAGGACUUCCCUGCAAUUUAGGUGAAAUAUCCAGGUAAAUCCCCAAAGACUUCCUCUGUCUUCAGAUAUGUAUAUACAAAUAGAAUAGGGGAUGAUCUGCUAAAUACAAAUUAAAUAAAGAAACAUAGCGUUUAACUGUGUGGGGACUAGUAACAGUGUGCAGUUACAAUUGGUCACUCACAAAUUGUUUGAUGUAAAAAAGCCUUGGAUAAUAUCCUUUUUCUUCAAUAUCCACUGUGUUGUCCCUCCUCACAUGCCAUGGGCAGAUGGGUACAUAUAACUCAAAAGAAAAAAAAUAUACAAAAUGUAGUGCACUUCCAGAGUAUAUUAAAAAGUAAUUUAAUGACUUACAUUUGGAUAUAAAACAAACAGCAUGUCACCAUGAAAGACGUUUUCAUGGUGACAUGCUGUUUGUUUUAUAUCCAAAUGUAAGUCAUUAAAUUAAUUUUUAAUAUACUCUGGAAGUGCACUACAUUUUGUAUAUUUUUUUUCUUUUGAGUUAUAUGUACCCAUCUGCCCAUGGCAUGUGAGGAGGGACAACACAGUGGAUAUUGAAGAAAAAGGAUAUUAUCCAAGGCUUUUUUACAUCAAACAAUUUGUGAGUGACCAAUUGUAACUGCACACUGUUACUAGUCCCUACACAGUUAAAUGCUGUGUUUCUUUAUUUAAUUUGUAUUUAGCAGAUCAUCCCCUAUUCUAUUUGUAUAUAACUGUAUUUCUCUGUCUAAUUAAUUGCGUAUCACAUGGUUUGGGGUUUUGUGUGUGUGCAUGUGUGAUUGUGUUGUUUUAGCUUGUGGUUUAUUGUGAGCAGGCAGGUGUAGAUGAAAGGAAUACUAUAGGUUAGGAACACAAACAUGUAUUCCUGAUCCCAUAGUGUUAAAAACACAAUCUCUGCCCCCUUAAGGGGGCUAGAUGGCGGUUUUAACACUAUAGGGUCAGAAAUAUGUUUUUGUUCCUGACCCAAUAGUGCUCCUAUAACGAUUGGGAUAAAUUCUACAUUUGUGUCCCUUUUAAGAAUGAUGAUUUGUUAAGAAGGCCCAAUUUAAUAAUGGACACACCCAAAGAAGUUAGAAGCUUCAAAUAACACUAAUAGCAUUUGUUACCUGAACUAAAAUAGGAGAAACAGUACAAAAUGACCUUUGAGUUGCUGAAGCACAAAGAGUCCUUGAUCUUCAAUGGAUUAAUUGCACUUUUAACUGUUGGAAGCCAACAGCUUUUUUCUUUUUUUGCUUUUAGCUGUCCAUGUCGCUACACUUGGAAUCUUACCUAUGGCUUAGCUUUCCUGGGAGUGCCUGCUUUAAUCCUGUUGAUUGUAGGUGUUGUGUUCAACAGCCAAACAUGGAGGCUGUUCACUAACUCUGCAAGCCGCUUCUACAUUCAGGACUACAGCAGACAGAGCACCUUGAUCAGGUAUAAGCUCAUCUGCUAUGUGCUCCUCAGUAUCAUUGGGAGGGCACUGGUCGCCCCUGUCACCUGGCUUGCGGUAACUAUGCUUAAUGGGUCCUACUAUGUGUGUGCACUCAGUGUGUAUGUCAAUGUGCAGCGCUAUGACUUCUUUAAGAAUGUGAGUGCUGAGGUUCGGAGAAACACACUUGCCCAGUUCCCAUGUCCACAGCUAGUUCCUGCAAACUUGACCAAAAUGAGAGAGGAGAUUCUCCUGGAACUAAAGUGUGAAUCGCAGGUAGGUCUAAAACCUCAUUACCAUUGUAAUCAAUGGAGGGCUGAUAACUCCUUGGCCUGGGGGGCAACUACAAAGCAAAGAUAUAUCUAUGUGGUUGGUUCACUUUGCAAGUAAUAUGUGGGUUUGAUAGAUCUGGAAUAGCCAAGUGUGAUAUCAUACAUCCACAUAGCCUGUUAAGGUAGAUACAGCAUUUUAAGAGAGGCAGACUUUUGUGAACCGUACCUCAUUUGCCAUUAAUGGUGAACUAUAUCUUGUGCGUUGUUACCCUACAGCACUUGCAGGAACCUCUAGGAAAACCACAAUGUUAAUCUGGUAACCUGCAUGGCCUCCUAUCUCAUAUCCGAUUGGGCCAGUUCAGGCAUGGAGAGUACAAGCCCGCACAGUGAUUUUCACAUUUUAGGCCAAAGUAGCUGAGAUGAAAACAUAGCUGAAUUUUUCUAGUUGCAGUGAGGCUGCCACCUGCAAGGUCUAUCAGCAUUGUGUGUGUGUGUGUGUGUGUGUGUGUGUGUGUGUAGGGGUGCCUUGUUAGACCUUCCCUGAUUGCAGUCUUAUUUUAGAUUUAUAAUCUUUUUCUCACUUCCAGAAAGAAAUACUGAAUAGUGGGCAGUCCCUGGCCCUACACAAUCAGUUGUAUUCACUAUAGGGAAAAGUCAAAGAAAUUUUUAGGCUACAAUAAUCAAAUAUGAGGGAAAAGAAAAAUCAAAUUCCUCCAUGCUUUCAUUGCUGUUAAUUUUAGCCUAAAAGUGGUAAUAAUGUGUGUGUGUGUGUGUGUGUGUGUGUGUGUGUUUGUUUUUUUUUUUUUUUUAGGAUUCGCACUGAAUUCCCAGCAGUUAAAGGGAAACUAUAGUGCCAGACAACAAAACUUGUUUUCCUGGCACUUUAGCCCCUCCAGCCUCUGAUGUAGAGGGAGUUAAAAACCCAAUCUGUCACUUACCUAAGUCCAGAGCGGCAAUGGCUGCACUUGCACUAGGAUUUACCCCAUAGAAAAGCAUUAAGUAAUGACAGGAUUUUUACCUCUUUCUACAGAUCAUAGACAUCCCUGGGAUCCCAAACUAUUCACAAUGUAUGAUGAGAGUUGAAGCAAAUUAUUCACUUAUAGGUACACUAUGGGAACCCACACCACCUCAGCUCCUUGAUGUGGUCUGGGUGCAUAGUUCCAGGUCCCUUAACCCUGUAAAAGGUAAUUAUUGCAGUUUUUAAGAAACUGCAAUUAUUACUAUUCAGGGUUUACUCCACCACUAGAGGGACUUCCGGGCUGUUAAACGACUUUCAGUCACCAGACGCUGGACGUCCUCAUGAUUUGCAUGGGGACGUCAGGCGUCAUAAUUACCUUUUACAGCUCUCAUCAUACAUUGUGAAUAGUUUGGGAUCCCAGGGAUCCCAGGGAUGUCUAUGAUCUGUAGAAAGAGGUAAAAAUCCUGUCAUUACAGAAACACUUGAUAUAGCAAGGGUGAAAUAUAAAACGUGCAUAAAUUAGAAAGCGAUGCUAUCACUAAUUUAAAUAUGUUGGUAUGCUCACAUCACAGGUAAUUUUUUAUUUUUUUUAAAUUUGUUCUACACAUAGGGAGGGGCCUGUUCAUUAAAUAAAGUUAUAGUGCUUUGAACAAGGUUCAGAAUAAGCCAUAUUGGGGAAAAUGUUUUUGGUUUUUCAAAACAAAAGCAUUUUUAAGUUAUUCUAAAAAAAAAAAAGUGUCACCCCCACCCUGCAAAACUAGUAAUUCAUGAAGAUAAAAGCCUUUAUGAAAUACUCAUACUGACUUUCACUUUUUAAUUCUAUUCUAACUCUGGGACAUUAGGGACUAACUUUGUCUCAGUAUUUUUCCUACACCUAACACCUCAAAGGGACUCUCCAGUGCCAGGAACACAAACAGUUUUCCUGGCACUGCAGGUCCCCUCUCCCACUCCCCAUCCCAAGUUGCUGAAGGGGUUAAAACCCCUUCAGUGACUUACCUGUAUCCAGCGCUGAUGUCACUCGGCGCUGAUUCAGGAUCCGCCCACGCUCCUCCCCCGUCGAUGUCAUCCAGGGGGGUAGACAUAUUGCGCUUGCACGGCCAACGGCAGGGAAUGACCUAAUGCGCACGUGCAUUAGACAUCACCAUAGGAAAGAUAUGAAAAAAUGCUUUCCUCUGCGGAUAUUAGCGACGCUGGAGGUCCUCACAUAGCGUGAGAACGUCCAGCGACGCUAUACUAUAAGCCCGGAAGUACCAAUGGGCAGAAGUGCUCUGUGUGCCUGGUGUGUCCCUUUAAGAUACUGGUGGAGCUACCUCCAUCGAAAAGUGUUCAUCUCCCAGCUGUGUCCAUUCCGUGAAAUCCUCCUUAGGCCUCAAUGCUGUACUCUUGCACACUGGUUUUUAUUUUUUUUUUUUUUUUAUUUUUUUUUCCCUUGUGAAAAAUGCAAAUAUGAACACUAGUUCUUGUAGGCUUUGUGAUUAAGUGGCUAAAAAAAUGGACAUAUGCCAUUUUAAAUACCCUGAGUUGUCUACUUUUGCAAAUGAUCUGCCAUGGCGUUGGUAAAUCUCAUUCCCGGGCUGCCAUACAGUCUCAAAGACCACAUAAGCCCAACAAGCCAAUCUGAUGAAUUUCAAUGAUUAAGGACUGAAAUGGGCACGCUCUUUAUUUUACCCUGUAACUUUCCAAAGCACCAUAAAAAAAAUGUACAUGGCGGGGGGCAUCAUUGCAUUUUACAAAAAUGUGUAUUUUAUUGCAGUAAAAGCUAACAAUAUGACAUUCACAGUUAAAAUGCCAUGCCGAACUUGGAAAAUAACAUUUCUUAAUUUCUCAAGCCCUAUUUCUCAUGAAAAAUAUUUAUAUUUUAUGUGAGGUGCACUUAAUAUAAAAAAAGUAAAUUAUGGCUGACCAAUUGUUUUUCAGUACAAUUGCCUCAGUCCUUAAGGGCUUACACUAUAAUAAAUGUAUUUCAAAAUCAGUCUGUGUAUACAAGAUGCAUUGGUUUUAUUAUAAAUUACAUUUUAGUUGUAAAAAUUAUGAAUAAGUAAGUCACCUAAAAUUUCUCAGAACAGCGUAUUCCGGGCCACACCCCCACUUACACAAUUAAAAUUUAAGUGUCCUCCUUUGUCCUUUUGAAAUGUUGGGAGAUAUGACAAUUUAUAAAUCUAAUUUUGAGACAAAAACAAUGUACCUUUUUAUUGUAGAUUAGACACAUUACUAUGAGUAUUAUUUCUGUCAAGUUAUUAUACACUCUCUCACAAACAUGGGAAAAGCGGGAUUAUGGCAUGGGACUCUCCCUCCUAAAUAAGGACACUUGGCAGACAAGAAAUGGGGCACUAGCAACUUAAGAGGAAAAAUCUCCAAUGCUAGAUCAACAAUGUUAAACUUUUUUUAUUUUUACUGGAAAUGCUAUUUACACAUACUGGCAAGUAUAAUAUGCAGUGUGCUGUUCUGCUAUAGAGAAUGAAGUCAUUAACUGAACAAUCCCGCUUUAACAGCACUCUUUCAUGAACACACAUUUUACAUGCUAAUUUAUCCGUAGCAUGGAGACUGGAGAAUCUGAAAUGUAAGUAAGCGAGAGGGAAAAGAUAAAAUGUCCCAAUACAUAGUCUCCUCCUAUAUAUGUGAAAAAUGCGCGCGCGCGCACACACACACACACGCAAUCUUAAAGCACAGAUCAUCUCUAUUUGCAGAUAUCAUUGUGAUUGACAGCCAUCUAGCUUGCUCCAUGUAGGUAUAGGUUUGGGAUGGGAUGUAGUAGUAUGUAGCUUAAUACAUUUUAAAGGGAUACUACAGGCAUUAGAACUACUUUUGCAUUAAGGGACACUUCACUGGCCAAAUACAAAGUAAAUAACAGUUUAGUAGAUAUACCCCAAAUUAAAACAUGCAUUUUUUUUCAUUAGGAGUAUAUCUAAAAACCACUUGCAAAAAAAACUUAAUGUUUGCUGCCUUUGCAAACCUGCCCCUUCGGACCCAACCUAGAAUGUAUGUGAAUGUCAAAUCACAGACUUCCCAUUGCAGCUCAAUAAGAAGUCUAUGUAAGGCAGGUGCUCCAGGCAAUUGCUGCCUCCAAUGAGCUAACCAAACCAGAAAGUAAUAUUACCUGUUGUCUGACAGGCAAGGGAAUGUAACCAGGUUAAUUUAUAAAAGUGUUAAUUUAUACUGCAUUUUUCGCAGAAUGAAAAAAAAAAAAAGGGAAAGAAUUUUCACACAUACAGCUUUUCAGCAAGCUAAAGUGCUUUAGGGAUCUGGAGAGUCCCUUUCAUGACAUUGGGACGUGUCAUUACACCCUAACUAUAAUGGUCUAUUAAUGCCUUUUGGGACGUGAUGAAACGUCCUGCAGGGUUAAAUACCAAUAUAACACUGCAGAGUGCAAGAAUAUAUCACAGAGCUACUGUGAUAUAUUCUUGCACUUGGUGAAUGUGGUUGAGUGUAAUAUGUGUGUGGGUGUUGUGAAGGUUGCUAAGUAUGAGGUGCUUGGAUUGUAUGUAUGAUAGCCUGAAUGUGAGGUGUGAUGAGUGGGGUGGCUGAAUGUGAUUUGUAAUAGCCAUUUAUCAACACUCCUGAGUUAUAUCGAACUCCAUCUCUCGCCGUAUUUCUCUCUGCCUUACCUUCCCACGUGUCUCUCUCACCAAUCCAACUUCUCACUAGUCUUCAGCUACCUCUCUCAUUGAUGUGUCACUCAUCCUUUCCCCUCCCUCCCAUCAUUUGUCUCUCAUUACCCUCCACACACACACACCUGCAGUGUCAUCUACAUACAUGUUAUCAAUCUCUUCCACUUUUAUCCCCGCAUCCCUACCCUCUCCUCUAGGCCUGCUCCCUAUGCCUUCUACUUGCCCAUUCACCAGCCUCUGCAUAAUUUUGCCCCUUCUUGCCAUGCCUGCCUCUUAACAGCCGUUCCCUUUGCAUUAGCCUGAACCACUGUGUCUUUCUUCAUCCGGCAGGUCCCUAUAUUAUGCUUCUAGCCAUUCUUACUCCUGUCACUUACCUGCUAGGGAGUGGAUCUCCCCUGGCUCUGCUUAACUGUGCUCCGUGUGAGGACAAAAUAGAGGAAAUAUAGUCUGUGACAGUCAACUUGGGGGUGGGAGUGGGAGGGGCGCUUCAGCUCAGUAUUAAGGGGCAGCAGAAUUCGCUGGAUCUGACCACCCAGUUAGUACCAUAAACAAAAAUCUGCCAUUCUCCCUGGAGGGAGCUCUGAUCCUGACUCCUUACCACCCUUGGCCUGGGACUUUUCAACAGGCCACCAUUUGCUGAAGCCCCUGCCCGCCUGCCUUCCCAAGACCAUGGCCACGGUGGUCUUAUGGCAGAUCUGGGUUCAGUGGGGACUCUGGUAAGAGGGCAAACCACUGCUAAACUGUUGAGUUCAGCUAUGCUGGUCUUCAAGUGAACUUGUCGGCUGUGGAAGUUUGGCUAAAUGGGCCCAAAAUGCAUUGAAUACAUGAUGUAUUAAAUGUAAAAUUAUGAGAGAAACUCACCUUGCAUUCAUUCCAACACAGCCAUAUCCUGAACUGUGUUGGUGUUACUCUACAACCCAUAGUGCUUAAAGAAGCACUAUGGGGUCAGGAAAACAAACAUAUAUAUUUCUGACCUUAUAGUGUUAAAACCACCAUCUGGCCCCCUCUAGUCACUUUUUUUUAAAUAUAGUAAAAUGUUACUUGUAUUCAACUGCCACCUCUGCCCCUGUCUGCUGACAUAAUCAGAAGGGAUUCUGUUAGCCAAUCACAAGCUUCCCCAUAGGCAAGUAGGCAGAUAGGGGCAGAGCCAACACAAGUCAAACACAGCCCUGGCCAAUCUGCAUCUUCACAUAGAUUAAUUAAAAAAGUUCAGAGGGUGGAGACGCUGAAUGGUAGUGCUGCACAUUAGGCAGGACUGCUUAAAGAAGCACCUCUAGUAGCCAUCAGACGAGUGGCCAGUGAAGUUAUCACUAGGCUGUAAUGUAACCACUGCAUUUUCUCUGAAAAGACAGUGUUUACAGCAAAAAGACUGAAGGGCUGAAGGGAAAGAUUCUACUCACCAGAACAAAUGCAAUAAGCUGUAGUUUUUCUUGUGACUAUAGUGUCCCUUUAACUGCUGAUAAGGAGGAUUGGACUGUGAGAGUUUGUGAUGGGUAGCAUAAACAUGGGGGGGUGGGGGGUAUAAGGGGGAGAAAGAAUUAUUAUUUUUUUUUUUUUUUUUUUCAGUUUGGGGAAAAAAGGCAAAUAUUCACAGAUGGUAUGUAAGAUGUUAAGGUGAUUAGGGACAUAAUGUGCUCUAAAAAAUAUAAAGUGGUGUUCUAAGCAUUAUAAAUGGCAUAGGUCAUUGUAGUGGUUAUAGUGAAAAACAACUGUGCUCCUAGUUUGCAUUGAACAGUUGGUUUACAAAAAAAUACCGUCCCAAUGCCUAAAGCAAAGUCACUCUGCAAGUGGUGUAGUCUUGUGCAUUACUAUAUCCAACGUUGGGUAUUGAUAAUUGGCUGACAUAUCCCAGCAAAGUCAGUUACAGCUUAUGUAUCUGGAAUAUUUUAUUUUUUUUAAACUAAUUUAUUAAUUAACUUUGUGAAGCAUGACUUGUGUGAACAUAACAAACCUGUAUUUGUUUUACUUCUCCUUCCUGCAUAUUAAUACACUAUUCUUACUUUUUCUUUUGUAACAUAUUUGAAAAUCUUUUGUCAUUUCUUUUAGGUGACUGGAUGGAUUUUGAUAGCACUUGUGGCUGUUACUGUUUUCCUAGUUUUAUGUAUUGCCAGAUGUUGCUCACCACUAAGUUAUCUACAUCUCUGGUACUGGACAAACUACAUUAAUAACGAGCAGACCCUUUUUGAGCAAGCUACAGACCAGCACUCCAAGAUCUAUGCCAUGGAAAAUAUCAAGAAAUUCUUUGGCUUUGCACCCGGGAGUAAACACAUCACCGAUAUCCGCAUCCCUUCUCGUGAUGACUGGAAAGCCAUUUCAGGACUUGACCUUCUGCAAGUGAUCAAUGCUGAUCACUGCAAUUACAGCCUUCUUCAUUCAUGGACAGAAGAGGACAAAGAAGAUGGAAAAUAUAUUCACCUUGAUGUGGCUCCAGACUCUGCAGAUAAUGUCACACCACCUUAAAUGUACACUGUUGUCUUCUGUAGUUACUUAACAAUGUGCAGGACUGAAUUUAUAUCACAUGCCCUUUUUUUUUCCUUAAAAAAAUUUUUUUGUAACGUUACGAUUAAAUGUAUUACAUGAGAGCACUACUUUUGAAAAUAUAUUUAUAGUAUAUAUUUAAAGUAAUAGAAAAAAACGGUGUUUAAUUUCUAAAAGACUAAUCCCUCACCUAUAGGGAUUAUUUUCUUCCAAACUGACUUAUACCUCAUGGAUCUUAUCUAAGUUAUAAUAGAUUUCUUUAGGAUUAAUGUAAAAAUGUUAGCCUCCUUCCAUCAUCUAGAACUGCACUUUCAGUACUAUAUAUAUAUAUUUUUUUUUUUCAUGAAUAAAAGCCAGUUGUAUGCAUGACUUUAUGAAGUUUAAAAAAAACAAAAAACUUGAAAAUCAUCUAAGGCUUGUUAACCUCAUUUCAUAAUUUGCUGCAUUAUGCUUUAUAAAUGAAUGCACUGUUUUAAAAAAUGUUUAAGUGAACACUAAAGUCACCAGAACUACUACAUCCUAAUGUAAUGUCUAGUGGUGUUUACGGUCUGUUACUGCAGGCAUUUUCAUGCAAACACAGACUCUUACAUUACUUUCUAGAAACACCUCUAGUGGAAGUCAUUCAGACGGCCAAUAGAGUUGCUUCCUUGGUCUGUGCUCGCGCGGUGUGAUGUUUUGCCAUGUAUACACAAUAGCCUCGCAAUGCUUUCCUAUUGGAUUGGCUCAGAUCAUAAAAUAUGAUGAUCUUUGUCAAGGAGGUGGGGUGGGGUGGGGUGGGGCGGGGCGGAGGCAGCUGUGACUAAA